CGUGGACAUAUCAAAUGAAGGGACCAGUCUAUUUAGUGAUCAUAUAAAACGCUCUAUAUUCAUACUUAAGGACUGAAAAGGAUUCCACCCGUAAGACACGACAGGGUUACGUAACAAUUGUUAGAAUGGCAGGGACUUUAAUAGUUUGUCUUGUCCUGGGGGUGGCGCUGCACUCCACACGUGGACAGCAGACGCAGAGUAAGACAGCGUGCGAGACGUCAGGGCCGGAAGACCUGACGUGCACGAUAGGAACGGAACUCUACAUCGUCGCCGUGCUGUAUGGACGCACGAACGCUCUUCCGGUCUCCACGUGCAACCCGUACAACAAGCAGGGAAUGAACUUGAAUUGCCAGCAGCAGACGACGCAGGCGUUAGACCACGUGAAGCAGCUGUGUAAUGGCAAGUCCAAGUGCACCGUUACCAAUGACUACAACGUGCUCGGCGAUCCUUGUCCAGGCGACCCCAAGUUUCUCAAAGUCGAUUAUCAGUGCAUCAUCCCCACCACACCACCGCCGACGACACCGACGGCGGUAGUGAAUUCAACAGUCGGUGGUUCGGUGGUUACCACCGCUGCCAGUGGACCGAUAGUGACGUCAACGACACCUGUAACGACGACGACGGCAGCUACGGCUAGCACCUUUAAGACCACAACAUUGGCUCCAAAUAACUCACAAGAAACCAUUUGCGAAAUGAAGGACCACACCUUCUCGUGCCCUACGGGCCAGGUGCUCUACAUCACGAACGUGCUCUGGGGCCGCCUUCCACCGGCGCCAUCAACGCUGUGCAACCCGUUCAACACGAGCGUCGUUGGCGCGAACUGUAAGGGCGGCCCGGCGGCGCUCCAAUACGUACAGAAGCUAUGCGAGGGGCAGCCCACGUGCUUAGUGCAGAACGACUGGCAGCAGCUAGGUCCCGACCCCUGUACGGGCGUCCCCAAGUACCUGCAGGUCAGCUACAUGUGCGCCGUUCCGACGACGACCACAUUGACGACGCAGCCAAUGAAUAGCACGACCACAACCGCAACCACCCCGACAACCACUGCGUCAACAACGCCAACAACCACCGUGAUGAUGACAACCACAGUGCAGACAACCACAACUCCAACCACACCUCAACCAACCACCCCCGCGCCGACACCACAAGUGACUCAGCCCAAUUUACCCCCAGUUACAGGCAGUACUGGACCAGGUAUGAACAUGACGACGAUUUGCAGCCCGAAUACUGACCGGAUAAAGUGCAAUCCCGGAGACGAGAUAAUAAUAGACGACGUGUUCUAUGGCCGCCGUAGCCAGUCUUACUGCAAUGCCAACAAUACGGCGUUUCCAAAUCUGCCGUGCGUCGGGGGCGCCGGCGCCGCCACCCAGGUGCGCCUGUACUGCGACCACCAGUCCCAGUGUAUCGUCGAGGCCCGCCUCUCGUGGCUCAACAUACCGGAUCCAUGCCCGGCCGUCACGAAGUACCUACAGAUAAAAUUCCACUGUCAUCCACUUGGGCCACCGCCAACAACCAUCUCAACAACUACGAGUACAGCAACCACCACUCCUACAACCACCACCGCUACUACAACCGCCAGUACAACCACCCCUACCACCACCUUAACAACAACCACCCCGACGACGACAACCAGAACAACGACAAGUACCACCACUAGCACAACAACUCCGACAACCACCAGCACAACCACCCCGACAACCACCAGCACAACCACCCCGACAACCACCAGCACAACCACCCCGACAACCACCAGCACAACCACCCCAACAACUACGAGCACAACCACUCCGACAACCACCAGUACAACCACUCCGACGACAACCAGCACGUCAACAACCACGAGCACAACCACUUCAACCACAACGCCUACUACAACAUCUACAACCACACCAACAACAACCACAAGCACAACCACUGCACCAACAACUAUUACAACCACCAUCGCCCCUACGACCACGCUUCCGCCAUAUAUACCAUUCACACCACCGGCCAACAUUCCAGCAGGUGCGCAGGCGUGUCACGAGUACCUGGUUUCCGGUCCCCACGGCGUCCCCGACAGCCACUUGACGGCCAGCUCCUCGUGGAACUCCGGUCUGCCGCAGGACAAUAACGGGCCCGACCGCUCCCGUCUGUUCACGCAGGCGUACGACUAUGGCAACGGCACGUUCUACAGAGGCGCGUGGACUGCCGGACAGAAUGACCAGAACCAGUACAUUCAGGUGGAGCUACUAAGACCAAGCCUUAUCCGGGGCGUGGUGACCCAGGGCCGCCACGUGGACCCGCUGACCCUGUGUUGCGUACAGCGGACCACUAGCUACAAGGUGUCCUAUAGCAACGACGGCAACACGUGGACGUUCAUCCAGGACAGCAACAAGAACGACCUGAUCUUCACAGGCAACAGCGAUGACGACUCGCUGGUGAAAAACAUGUUUGACUGUAACAUCAUUGCGCGCUUCGUGCGCAUCCACCCGCAGUCCUGGUACAAUCACGUGGCCCUCAGGUUCGAUCUCAUUGGCUGUCAGGCGAUAACGACUGACGUCGGUCAAUGCGAUCCCGGCUGGAAGGAACUUCCGGGCACUGAUCACUGCUAUUUCUUUGCCCAUAACGCCACCGGAUCCUGGAGGGAGGCCCGGGCCGCCUGUCUCCGGCUGCAGGGGCACCUUGUGGAUAUCACCAGCAUACCCGAGAAGGACUUCAUACUUCAGGAGAUAUCGCACUUUUCGCCAGACAUGUGGUGGGUGGGUCUGACCAACACCCCACGACAAGACACUAAGGACUACAAGUGGACGGACGGAACUGCUCAUGACGACACUAUUCUUCCCUGGAAGAAAGGCCAGCCGGAUAAUGGAGGCUACGGGGAGCACUGCGGGGAGUUCUGGAACCGGGAGCUCAACGACGACAACUGCGACAACAAGCGCAACUACAUCUGCGAGAAGGACAAAUACUGGACGAUACCGGUGAACACCCCGCCCGUUGUUAUAAAGACCAACCCGACCCCGCCUACACGAGCUACGACGUUAUCAACAAGUCCCGCCUCAUCCGGGCCAACCACCACCUUGGCUCCCCCACCCACCAUCUUCAUACCGAUAGCCACUCGAGCCGGCGUGAGCUAUGUUAGCAACAGCAGAAACAUAUUUUCAGCCGGUUGUAUGUCGAGCAUGACAGAUUGUUCCGGUAAACCGGAAGGGGACUACCAGAACUGCGCUGGCUGUAGCGUAUACGCCACGUGCGCGGUCAGCGGCUUCUACACGAGACCCUGUCCCCAGUACCUCAAGUGGGACGACAACCUCAAGAGCUGCCAGUUCCGGUCCUCCACGUGCUUUGGGCCUUAGACUUCUGGUCUUUGAGAUCUUAGAAUAAUUGACUUGGAAAUAUUUUGUAUUUCAUUUAUUGUUAUUGCAUUUACUUUGUGUACAACUGUGAACACGUUGUUACAAUUGAUCCAUUAGGCCAAAUGUUAUUAUGUGAAACAGUAUGAAUACACGGCGCUUAAUAAAUAUACACGGUUAAAACGUGUUUUGUUUAAUUGUUGGGUCAAUAAGGACGUAACUUUCAUAAUAUUUUAGUAAUAAAUAAAUAUAUGUCUUUUAUGCCAAAUACAAUAAUUUUAUGGUAUGGUAGUUGUUACGGUCGAAACAAUAAAAGCUAAGUAUCAGAA